AAUUCAUGCAAAGGUGUUCUUGAUCAUCUUUUCCAUUUCUCUCAUGGAUUCUUCUCUUCGAUCAUCAUUCUCCUCCUUCAACUCCACUUCUUUCCCUUUCGCGCUAACCACCAGAAACAUGCUACCUUCCAAGAAGGUUUCCAAUGAAACCAUGCAGGAGUUAUGUUACUUGCAAAACGGAGGAGGCUUAACGGAGAAUGCUAUCUCAACCUUUCUUGCUACAUUGCCUUCCAACCCAACCUUUCUUUCUGCUAUCGUUGCCUUGUUUGUCACGCAAUCAACCAAAGUUUUCUUGAAUUUCUGUAAGAAGAAGCGAUGGAAUUUCAGAGUCUUGGUUGCUUCUCAAGGAAUGCCUUCUACUCGCUCCGCACUGUGUUCCGCUCUCACCACUUCUGUUGCUCUCACUCAUGGCGUUGCGGGUCCCCUCUUUCCUGUUUCUUUGGGAUUUGGUCUCAUUGUGAUGUGUGAUACUGUUGCUGUUAAAAGACAUGUUGGUUAUCAAGCUCUGGUGCUUAAUACGCUUCUGGAUGUGGUGUUUCAAGGACAUUCAUUUACUGAAGAGAAGCUAGAGCAAAAUGUUGGUGACACCCUUCCUCAAGUCUUAACUGGUGCACUGAUUGGUUCUACAGUUGCCAUCUUAUGCUCUCUAGGUUUCAUGCUGCUGCGUUAGGUGCUUAAUAUGAUUGUGGCUGACAUGUUUCAAGGCCGUCCUAUUAGCGAAAGGAAGCUAAAGGAACUUCUUGGUCACACUCUACCUCGAAUAUUUCUUGGUGCUCUUCUUGAUUGUAUAGUAUAGUAGCCAUUUUAUGCUUUCAAAUGUUGCUUUAUUGUGGUUUAGCUAGGUGAUUCUGUUAUGUUGCCCUUUUCGACCAAACUGUAUUCAAUAUUGAUUGAUAGCAGACACAAUUUGCUCAGAUAAUGUGAUUCAUAGCAACUCAAUAAGUGCUCUAUAUUCUAGGACAAAUACUUCAUAGCAUGAGAAUAAUGUAAAUGAAGAUUUUCUUUUUCA